AGACAUGCAUAGCAGCUGAGGAGUGUCUGUGUUUCGACUGCAGUAAGUGCUUCAUCAUGUCACCGCAAGUCAGCAAAGGAGAGGAGAAGGAAAUGACGAAGGCUACAUCAGUUGUGCCACAAUCGCACGGCCCAUAUUCAUUCGAUUUCACACGCUCUUUGACACUGGCAUUUCUCAGUGGUGAGUAUGUCAUUUAAAUUACAUUAUUAAUACUAUUGUUUUCGAAGAUGUUUUUUGAAGAUGUAUGAGUAAUUUAGUCAAAAGUACAAAACUGUAAUACAAAUGCAAUACUCUCAAUACUUUUUGUCUUGUUUUCAGUGAAGAGUACACUGUAGCGUUCUCCACAGAUGGUGAGAAGGAGGGUGAGAAAGUGUAGGAUCCAUCACACUAGUCCUAUCUAAUUCAUUAUGCUGUGUACAGGCUACCGACCUGUCCUCCUAAAUGGCAUUCGGUUUAUGGCACAAACACUUAUGCAGCCUCUCCCCAUCUUCCUACACAGGCUAUUAAUCAGUAACAUUGAUCAUCUAUUAAUCAGUAACAAUGUCAGAAACGUUUGAAACUAGACGCAGCGCAGUUCUAUUUCUAUUCAUUCUAAUUUCAUCUUUUUGAUCUUCGAUCAGCUCUUCACACUUGUACUUGUUACAUAAGCAAUAUACUAUUUCAGCCAAUCAGCAUGUUCCUGCCAUCCUUUUCUGUGCACCAGCCCACAGUGACAAAUGCUUUUCUGUGAAAAGGGGUUUCCCAACUUUUAAAGCCUCAACUCGUACUAUAUUGUCUGUAACCAAAUUUAGUAGUCUAACCCAGAAGCUUUCUAACUACCUACCUACCUACCGCAGCUGGCAGGUCCGCAUGUUUCAGGAAGUGUGUGGAUCGUACAUGUAUGUGAACGCUUUACACUGAGUUUCACCUUGGCUGUAGUUGAUAUUCAUAACCUGAUCUCUCUGGCUUAGUGUCUGUUUGUUUAUAGUUGCAUACCAUACCAUAUUCCACCAGUGUAGCUACACUUUUCUGUUGUGAGUUUUUAUGCUUAACUUAACAAUUACUCCUUUAAAUAAAAAGAAGAUAGAAAAAUAUAAUUGCCAAUGGCAUCAGCCAAACACUGCAAAAGAAACAAAACAGGAAGUUCUAAUGCAUCUUGUAAUUGCAAAAUGACCUUUAUCUUUCAUCUUGCACAAUGAGCCUUGUUUUUUUGUGUUCAAGAUGUUCCAGGUCCAUACAACCAGAAAAGUUACUUUCUUUUUAUCCAUGCUGGUGGUUUGUUCCUCAGACCCCCCUGGCCCCAGUGGACCGCCUGGCAUCCCUAGCCAACCUGGCCCCAGUGGACCGCCUGGCAUCCCUAGCCAACCUGGCCCCAGUGGACCGCCUGGCAUCCCAGGCCGACCUGGCAUCAGAGGACCACCUGGCAUGACUGGCAUCCCUGGCAGUGAUGGACCUCCUGGCCCCUCUGGACCGCCUGGCAUGAGAGGACCACCUGGCAUGACUGGCUUCCCUGGGCCCUCUGGCCGCUCAGGAUCGCCGGGCAUGACUGGAUCACCUGGCCAUGAUGGUCCUCCUGGUCCCCCAGGAAUCUGCACCCAUUCUGAAGGAGAUAAAUAUGGACUGACAUUCAUUGCCAUGGCAGGGUGUGUUCUUGCUGUCCUGGAUGCUGCUGCCUUGAUUGCUGUUGUUAGUUUCCUGAUGAGGAAUGAGAGAAACACAGCAGUGAGAGGCUCAGGAGUGCAUUCCCAGAGGCCUGAUAUGGACCCUCCUGAUGAUACAUACACAGCUCUGAAUCUCAGAACAAGAUCACCUGAUUAUGACAGUCUUGAUCAUUUCAGGUAUCCACCAAGUGUACCUGGUCGAAGCCAUCGAUGAAUACUGAAGCCUCUGCAAACUCCAGCUGAUGUUGAACUUGCAUUAUUCCAUAACCUUCAAAUAGCAACCAACAGGGGACAGUGUUUUAUAAACAUAGACACUGAUCCUGUGGCAGUGUGUGUGAAUACGUAUAAGCGUAUGCAUACAAUGUAUUUGGAGUGGGGGUGGGGGGUGAUGAGGACAGAUCAUUAGGACAGAUAAUAUAAGUGAGAUUAAAUAAGUAAGAACAAGUGAAUAACAUAAAGACGUAGUUAAUCAUGUAUUCAUGUUUGAAAUGUCCUCAUAAUAACACGUGUGUGUUUAAAGUGUGAUUAAUAGGAACAGCUCAUCAU